AUGGCUGGUGGUUUAUUUGCUAUAGAUCGAGAUUGGUUUGAAGAAUUAGGAAUGUAUGAUCCGGGCAUGGAUAUUUGGGGUGGUGAAAAUCUUGAACUGUCUUUUAAGCUUUGGCAAUGUGGUGGUGAAUUGUUAUGUGCUCCAUGUUCACAUGUUGGUCAUGUUUUUCGAAGACGUUCACCAUAUAGUUGGCCUAAAGACAUUAAUGUUGUUAGAAAAAAUAGCGUUCGUCUUGCUGAAGUAUGGCUUGAUGAUUAUAAAAGUUAUUACUAUGAACGAAUUAAUUAUCAGCUUGGUGAUUAUGGUGAUGUGUCUGAUCGAUUAAAAAUUCGUGAACGUCUUCAAUGUAAACCAUUCAAAUGGUUUCUUGAUAAUAUUUUUCCUGAACAGUUUAUUCCAGGAGAAAGUUUAUAUUAUGGCGAGCUUCGAAAUCUAGGUAAAAUAAAUGUAUGUAUUGAUUCACAAACAGUUGGACAUAUAGAUAGACCAAUUAUUGGUUAUCCAUGUCAUGGACAAGGUGGCAAUCAAUAUUUUCUUUUCUCAAAAAAUAAUGAAAUACGUCAUGAAGAAAAAUGUUUAGAUUAUGCAGGAGGAAACUUACAUGUACCCAAUACAAUUGUUACUCUAUCAUGUCAUUCAAUGAAAGGAAAUCAAAUGUGGUUUUAUGAAAAUAAUAUGAUACGACAUAUGUCAGGUUAUUGUAUCGGAUUAUCAGAAACAAAUCAUAGAGCUAUUCAGAUGACAACAUGUGAUGCAUCGAAUCCCUAUCAAAAAUGGUCAUGGAAAAAACGUCUAGACAAAUCGGCACAUACUUAUUAA